GCAGUUCGAUUUUUAACCAUCUAUUGCACUUUACUCUCUAAAAAAUUUACUGCUAUCGCGAUUGGAAUAAUACUUUUGGCUUAUUGGUCUCUAAGCAUUUAUGGAAUAUUGCGAGUUAAAUCUGAUAUUGUAUUAAAAAAACUUCUUAUCGCUGAUUCGCCACUCAAUCAGGUGUAUGAUAUGCGAAAAAAAUAUAUUUUUCCUGAAUAUUCAUUCGUAACAGUUUUUGUCAAUAAUGUCGGUAAUUUAUUGAAAACUGAAAGAAUUGAGCGAAUUAAGUCAUUGGUGAAUAGUUUCGAAGAGAUUCCUGAAUGUAAUGGACCACAUUUUACACAAAUUUGGAUUAGAGAAUAUGAACAGUAUCGAAAAAAUAUGGAUGAAAAUAUCGACGAUGAAAAAGAGCGAUCGAACUUCUAUUCAAUGGAUGAUAUCAGAGAAUUUCUUAAUUGGCCUGAAAAUCGACGUUGGGGUGGUUAUAUGAAAAUAAACAACGAAACGAAUAGUAUUGACAAUUUCUUCUUUAUCGUUAUAUAUCAUGGCCAACAUUUAGCGGAUUAUAAUGAGAGACAUCGAAUGCUUCAUUUGUGGAGAUUUAUUGCAGAUAAAUAUCAAGAUCUAUCAGUGUCCGUGUUUGACGAUGGAGCUCAGUUUAUUGACCAACUGGAAAUUUUGAAACCCCUUACAGUUCAGAGUUCAUUAGGAACUCUGAUUGCAAUGACGAUGGUUUGCUACCUCUUCAUGUAUACUAUACCAUCUGUAAUCAUAGCAUCUUGCUGCACCUUAUCAAUUUUCAUCGGUGUAUUUGGUUUUCUUACUAUGUGGAAUAUUACUCUGGAUCCUUUAUCAAUGUCAACAUUAAUACUCACCAUAGGGUUAUCCGUUGAAUUCUCUGCGCAUAUAUCAUACCAUUACUUUCGCAAUGCAUUUGAAAUAAAUUCAAGCUGUAAAAUUCAGCGAAUGGUUCGAUGCUUUUGUCAUAUUGGAUAUCCCUUAUUUCAAUGCUGCAUUUCAACCAUGUUGUAUAUUUUAUGCUUUUUGUUCGUGGAUUCAUAUACUUCGGAGAUAUUUGUGAAAGCAAUCAUCACUGUUAUGUCCCUUGGAAUGAUCCAUGCAUUUAUAAUAAUGCCUGUUGUUCUAUGUGCCUCAUCACGAUACAACUGA